UAUGUGAGAGGGAUAAUGAGCGCGCCUUCGCGGCUCGGAACAAGAUUGUUGAUCUUGAAGCAAAAGUUGCUGAGCUGACCGCGAAAGUUGAAGAUGCGCAGGCUUAGAAGGCUGCCAAGCAGCAGAUGGAGGCUGAGUUGGCUGAGACAAAGGUGCAAUUAUCCCGCAAGGAUAAGGAUCUCCAGGCCAAGGAUGUCGAGAUCUCUGAGCUUAAACGCCGUCUGAAUGAUCAGAUUGACAGAUGCGAGUCCUUGGAGAUCGACCUCGAGGCAGAGAGGGUUAAGGCUGCCACUGCUGAAGAGGCGCGUGCUGUCAGCGCUGCCGCUCUUAAUGUGGCUAAGAACAACUACUCAGAGGCCCAAGGCAUCGUUGACACGCUUGUGUCUGAGGCUGAAUGGAUGCGCACUCGUGGAGUAGUGCUGGUUGCCAACUCUAUCCUCAAUGCUGGCGAGCUGGAUCGCGCUGUCGCUGCUCUUACAGAUUCUGCUCGCGCAGUGGGUCAUCGAGGGGGCUAUCUGGAAUGUGCCCAACACGUUGAGGAGAUGCUAGGACAAGAGUUUGAUGUGAGCCAUUGCUCGGUGACCGACCAGGCUAAUGCUGCGCUUACGCGUGCUGAGGAUGCUUAUGACAACCUUACUUUGCCUGCGAUGGAUUUGGUCAUGGAAGCUUUAAAGAAAGACGACUGGUGUCAGCGUCUUAAGGCCAUUCUUGAUCCACCAGUGACUGUGGAGUUAUCGGAUGAGGAGGAAACAGCUGGCGAUGAUGGUGGAAAUGGCGAUGAUGAUGGCGGGAACGAUGAUGAUGGCGAUGAUGAUGGUGAACAACAUGAUGAACUAGAAUAGGCUUUGUCGAUAGGCUUUGUGCCUUGUAAUUUCUUUUUGUAUUUUGACUGUACAACGUUGCGCUGCUGCGCAUGUUUUAUAUUACAUGAAUUGUAUUUGUGUUUUCCCGUUACAAUUAUUGCAUUGUUGUCAAAAACUUAGGUUAAAUUAGCUCGAAUAAAUGGAAGUCUCUUUAGGUAAAGUGGAAUUGCUCGGUCUCGCGCUUUGUUCGCGGAGGACCUUGGGGGCGGUUCUCGUUUGAUAAUCUCUAAGUUGCUGGAGUGUUUUCGCGCUAAUCAGAAGUUUAACAUGCAUUUGUAACGAAAGAAGUAAUAGAAAACAUGUCGUAUGCUUUCAUUAAUUCGGAAACGGGCACUUAUGCCAACAUACAUUAAUUGCAAAUGGCGUAUAGCCAACAUAGAAACGUAAAAAGGCGCAUGGCAAAAGUAAGUUACAUAUAGCAUUUGCGCAGUUGUUGCGCGUUCCACGUUCGCGGUAGGAUGUAGCCAUCUAGGGUGCGUAACUUGUAAGCCCCUUUGCCUAGCACUUCGUGGAUCAGAUAUGGGCCUUCCCAUUUGGGUGCUAACUUUACUGGACGUUCCGCAUUUGACGCUUCAUUAUCUCGGAAGACGUAUUCUCCUGGAGUGAAGGUACAAAUGCGGACUCUUGUAUUGUAGUAUCUUUCCAGUUGGGUCUUGUACUUGGCUUCCCUGAUGCGCGCGAUUUCGCGCCUUUCUUCCAACAAGUCCAAGUCAAGACGUCUGUCCGCUUCAUUGUCGAUUGCGUUGACCGCUAUCAAGCGCGGGGAGGGUAGGCCGACUUCUGCCGGGAUAACCGCCUCUGAGCCAUAUACUAAGCUAAAAGGGGUUUCGCCGGUACUAGUUUUUGGCAUGGUUCGAUGAGCCCACAAGAUGCUCGGGAGCUCAUCUACCCAACCUCUUCGCCUUGUGCUCAGUCGGGCCUUUAUCCCCUCGACAAUGCACUUGUUCACGCUUUCCACCUGUCCGUUGCCUUGAGGAUGCGCAACGGAUGUGAAAGUGUGUUCAAUUUUCAUCUGCUUCAUCCACUUUUGGAGGUCUUCUGACGCAAAGUUGGUGCCAUUAUCGGUUACAAUCUUGAGCGGGAGGCUAAAUCUGCAUAUGUUGUGCUCCCAAAUGAACUUGCGCACCAUCAUAGCUGUAGUUGACACGAGGGCUUUGGCUUCCACCUAUUUCGUGAAGUAAUCGACGACUACUAUUAUGAAUUUGACGGCGCCAGGAGCCUCUGGGAAGGGUCCCUCCAUGUCGAUUCCCCACUGCUGGAAAGGCCAUGCAGUAGAUACAGGGAUAAGGUCGUUCUUGGGGCGCAGGGUUUUUGGAGAGUGUCGCUGACAGGAGUCGCAUUUGCGGAUCUCCUUCAGGGCAUCGACAUGCAUCCCUGGCCAGUAAUAUCCGGCGCUCAUGAUCUUCGCGACAACCAUGCGCGGUCCUGCAUGGAUGCCGCAGAUCCCUUCGUGGAUCUCUCUGAUCAAGUAGUUCGCAUCUUGGGGGUCCACACAGCGAAGCAGUGGUCCCAAGAAGGAUUUUCGGUACAGAAUACCGCCAUUUAUUUCGUAUUACAGGGCCUUGUUUUGAAUCUUCCUUGCCUCUGCCUUGUUUUCGGGGAGUAUCCCUUCUUGUAAAUACUGGAUUAUGGGGGUCAUCCAGGAUGGUUGUCUCAUCUCAAUCACGUUCACUUGACGCAACAGUACUGAUGGAUUUUUGAGUACUUCUAUUCUUACGUCUUUUGCAAGGUGCUGAAAAGAAGUCGAAGCAAGCUUGCUUAAAGCAUCAGCUGGCUUGUUUUCCGAGCGAUUGAUGUGGAUAACCUUGUGAGAUUUGAAUUGUUGAAGCAAUUCUUUUGCCUGUUCCAGAUAUAGAGCCAUGACUUCGCCCUUUGCAUCGUAUAUGCCAUUGACUUGGCUGGCUAUCAGGAGUGAGUCGACAUGUGCUCGUAAGCUUUUGGCUCCCAUUUUGAUGGCGAGGCGUAAGCCUGCCAGAAAUGCUUCAUACUCCGCCUCGUUGUUGGUGUUUUUAAAGUCCAACUUGAUGGCGUAAGUAAAUUCAUGAUUCUCGGGGCUCACCGGGCGCAAUCCAGCUCCUGCGCCAUCUUCAUUUGAUGCUCCAUCUGUAUAAAGCAUCCAAGUCUCAUCAGUCACGUCUUUCUCAGGAGUCUCUAUCAGCUCGCAUUCUUUGAUUUUAUCGGCCGGCACUUCUGUGACGAAGUCGGCUAGGACCUGACCCUUAAUGGCUGGACGUGGCCUGUACAAGAUGUUAUGGCCUCCCAGCUCAAUGGCCCAUUUUGCCAAUCUGGCUGAUGUCUCAGGCUUUUGCAUAUUGUGCCGAUGUGGAAGUUGGUGAGCACGGUUAUCACAUGGCCUGUGAAAUAUCUGCGCAGCCUUCGGGACGCGUGUAGCAGCGCGAGAACUAAUUUUUCCAUUGUGGAUCAUCUUGUUUCUGGGUCAGUGAGUACCAUGCUGACGUAAUAAAUUGGAGUUUGGACUCCGUUUCUCUCCACUAACAGUACCGACCCCACUGCCCUGUCUGAAGAGGACAAGUACAGUACUAGUGGUUCUUUUUCGAACGGUGCAAUCAGGGUAGGGAGUUCGAUCAGACACGCUUUCAUUUGUUGAAAAGCUGUCUCGGCCUCGGGUGUCCACUUGAACUCCUGCUUCUUCACACAAUUGCGCAACGUGCUAAUGAAGAGGUACGACUUCGCGGCGUGAUUGGAAAGAAAACGAUUAAGCGCGGCCAGUCGACCGGCCAGUCGUUGCAUCUUUUUGAUGGUUUGCGGUGAGGGCAUUCGCUCUAUAGCCUGUACUUUCUCUGGGUUCACUUUGAAACCACCGUUUGUGACAAUGAAGCCUAGAAACUUCCCUUCUUCCAUGCCAAAAGAGCACUUGGCUGGAUUCAGCUUCAUAUUUACACUACGCAAUGAAUUGAACGUUUUUUCGAUGUUUUUCAACAUUUGGUCCUCUUCGGGACUUUUGACCACUAGAUCAUCGAUGUAUACUUCGAUAUGCUUUCCGAUGUCUCCUGCGAAGGUCUUGUCCAUCAAUCGUUGAUAUGUUGCGCCAGCAUUUUUUAGGCCAAAAGGCCAAAAGGCAUCUUUGUGUAGCAGAAGAUUCCAAGAUCAGUUCUGAAGGCUGUCUUGUCUUCAUCUUCGAGUUUCAUCUGAACUUGAUGAUACCCUUUGUAACAAUCCAAAAAACACUUCCAUCUAUAUGGCGCGAGCGAAUCUAUCUUUUUGUCGAUCUCAGGCAAGGAAUAGCAAUCCUUUGGGCAUGCCUUGUUGAGAUCAGUAUAGUCUACGCACAUUCGCCAUCCGCCGUUUGACUUUUCAACCAUCACCGGGUUCGCAACCCAACUCUGAUAUCGUACCUCCCGCAAGAUCCCAGCUUUGAGUAACUCGCAUACUUGCUCAUUCAUUGCUUUCGUUUUGUCUGCUCCCAAGCUGCGCCUUCUUUGGACCUUUGGUUCAACAGAGAGGUAAGUGUUUAAGCAAUGUUCGGUUAUGUUGCGCGGGACACCAGUCAUGUAUGCCGGGGUCCAGGCAAAUAUAUCCAUAUUUCGUAACAAUAAUUGCUUCAAUCGCGUUCGGAUGUCUGAUGAAAUGGCGUGGCCAAUUGUCACUGUUUGCUCUGCGUAUUUGCGGUUUAAGACCCAUUUUUCGGGCUCGAUCGUAGAAACCUUCGCCGCUUUCGCUGGGCGCAUUUCGUCAGUUGACAUCACUUCCUUUUUGGCAUAGAUGUUUGCUACUCCUGUCUUGGUUGGGAACCCUAUCGCAGAGUGGGGCGUUGAAGUUACCAUGUUCAGCUCACUCUGGGUCUCCCUCCCAAUUAGCACAUCAUGUCUCGAUUUCACUGGCAUCACCAUGAAGUUCACAUUUGUUGUUCUUGAAUGUUUUCCGUCAGAAAGUGUGAUGGGGAAACUGAUCUGACCGAGUGGGAAGACUAUCUCGUUGCAAAAUCCGGACAAGGGAUAAUCGACUGGCUCGAGUCUCGCCUUGUCCUCUUCAUCAAAUUGGUUGAAACACUGCUCGUAAAUGAUGUCUGCUGUACUUCCUGGAUCAAUGAAUAUGUAUUCCGUUUCAUAAUGGCCGAUGAUACCGGUAAUGACGACGGGUCGUGUGGCACGAGGACCGCCGCGCACUAUCGAGAAAAUGACCUGUUGCUCUUGCCAUGAAGGCUCGUAUGGACGCUUGCCUUUCUCUUUCGCGCUAUACCUACGUCCAUUGACCAUGUGAGUUUCUAGACGUCGGACUUUCUUGUGGUUCCCUUCAUCAUGGCGCUGGAGCUGACGAGUUUCUUUGCGCACGUUCUUCAUCAGAUGGCUUAGUUUACCGCUUUUAAGUGCUCUCUCGAUUUCUUGGCGCAAACUAUAACAGUCAUCGGUCAAGUGCCCUGAGUCUUUAUGAAAGUCGCAGUACAAGUUGGGGUCUUGCCCCUUCUUGUUUGUCAUAGGCCUGGGAGCCUUGAAAUCGUAAUUCUCCGUCACCAAUACUUCUUUUUGCGUUUUUGUGAGCGGAGUCCAGUGCUUGUCACGAUUGUCGUCUUUGACCGCUUUCUUGUAACCGAUUCGGUCAAUUGUUUCACGUGCGUCUUCCCUGUAGCGCGGCCUGACGUCGUGGCCUCUUUAUCUCCCAGACUUCCAGUCGUUACUCUUGUAUUUGUUGCGUUUGUUGUUGUCGCGCGUGUUUCCUCUAGAGAAUCGAUCUUCAGAGUAAUAACUUUUGCUACCAGCGAGUGACUCCUCGGUUUGCGCGACGAUUUUUGCAGCCUCCAUGAGUUUAUCCCACUCCUUUGGCAUUCCAUCUUUACCUGUGAUAGUUCUAAUGAGACUAUCACAGCGGAUGGCCUUCUUGAAGUGACAACGCAUAAGUUGUUCACUGACGCCGUCUAUCUCCAAACAUUCCUUAUUAAAACGGGUGAUGAAGUCCUCCAGACCUUCACCAUCUCUUCGCCAAAUAUCUUCUACUUCGGCUGUGUCGCGCUGGUAGCGACGUUGUUGGCUGAAGCAGCUCAAAAACUGUGUCUUGAAAUCUACCCACGAUUUAAUCUUCCCAGGCGGAAGGCUAUCAAACCAGGCGCGAGCCGCCCCGGUAAGAGUUUGAAUAAACAAGUGACACCACAUGGGCAUGUUCCAACCUCCCAUGCAGCCUACACUUGUGAAUGUUCUGACGUGAUCAUCUGGAUCAGUCAACCCGUUGAAUUUCCCGACAGUCGGGGGUAGUUUCUCUCGUGAAAGCGGCGCGAGUGCAAUUUUCGGGAUGAACUUGGAGUGUUCCACAGCUUCCGCUGGUCGGUAUGCCAGGCGGAAAUCUCUUUCAGCCUCUUCUGUGUACCCGAUGUGCUGUCUCGGCUUGAAGUACUCGUGGUUUUUUGGCAAUCGGUUAAAGACUGACGAACCCUCGUCAUCUACCCAAGUCGGAUCGUUCGGGUCUGUUUCUUCCCAUUCGUUGUUCAUGUUGCGCGGCGUGAGCCGGCUGUGAACAGGGCCUCGUUGAAGGGUUGAUGGAUAGUCGUAAUAACUAUCCGUUUCCCCUCUUGUAUCGCGCGUGUCGUGUACGCUCAAACGUCUGGUGGGGGGAGGCCUGUUUAUUCUGCCUUGGAGAUUUGGCGGUGGAGGCAUCUGGCGCGCUCCUUAACUUGGGGGAGUUACUAAGGACGGUUCUGCUGUCAAAACUGCUUGUUGCGCAAUCAGCGACUGGUACGCUGCAUUGAUAGUGGCGAUGUUUUUUGCAUACCACGAGGCUGGGGUUUCGCCUUCUGGUAAGCCUAGUAAUGCCGAAACAUUCUGAGCCGGCGCUGUGUUCGAAGGUCCUUCUCCAUUGUUCCCUGGGGUGACCACUUGAGUGAUGCGGGUGAUGCUCCCGCGCGGGCCUCCAGUAUUGGUUCCGUCGACCUCACCAAUUUUUUCGAUUUGUUGGGCUUGGAAGUUUUGGAUUCCUUCACCCAACGCUGCGUUAGAGUUGGCUCCGAAGCCGAACUCUGGAAUGGUUCCUUGAACAGCCAUGGUCGAAGGAAGAAAAGAUGUCAAAGGCUCAAAUAAAAGAAGAUGAAGGUGGUUAUAGAAAAAACCGGUGGGCGCC